AUGAAAGCCUCCACGUGUCCGAUUACGCCUCCUCGCAAUCCGGCGGGAGAGCCUGUCCGCGGACAGUUCACCGCUCCUGCACUUGGUACUUCACCACGCUCAGCCCCAAACCGACCCGACGUAGACAGUACCACCACAAACAUGCGUAUGGACAUCGGUCGCAUCAUGAACUUCGAAAUGUACAUCUGCACGUACAAUCAGUUCAAAGGAAGCUAUCUACCGAAGUGUGAUGAGGAGACGUUGGAAUUUGUUUUGGAGUGUCUGAAGGCACUGGGAGAGUCACCUUUCAGCCAAAUUCUCGUCCCUCGCGAAGAAGAUGAAAGAGUUGAUGCCAGAUCUGCCGGGGAGAAUGAUAAAACGGUAUCACUUGAUGAUAAGGAGACAGAAGAGGUUAGUGAGCGCAACGAAGCGGAGCCUGCUGUUCUGCUGGCAGAAGGCAAUGAAGGCGACAUAGGAGAUUGUGAGAGCGAGGAUGUUGAGCAGGGGUAUAUUUCCGACGAAGAAGGCGAGGGUGACCAAGGUGAUGAGAGGAAAGGUAACUCGAAGCCGGAGAUCUACUCUCACGUCUUCCGGGACUUCAAGAACAAGCCGUCCUUGUUGAAGAAGGGAGCAAACGCCAAUCAGAACUCGAAGACCAGUUCGUCUGACAAGACAAAGAAUCCCAACAUUCACGAGGAUAAGGUCUUCAACCCAUUCGGCGAGAUUGGACUCAGGAUCCUAGCAGCCUUGGACAAGAAAGGUGUCAAGAGAAAUGGGUAUCACCUUCGCAUGUGUCCACAUACAACAAUCUAUUCCAACGUCCCCGGAUGCAAUCAAGAAAUUGACGCUUGCUUGACGAAGAACAAAUCGAAAUCCCUUGAUAUUGCCGACAUUCUUGUUCCUUGGGAACUCAAGUUGUCCUACACCAUUGCUCAGGUCUUUCAGAAUCGGCGACAGCUUGCGUCUCAAGUUAAUCACACGAUGAACGAUGAUCCUCGACGGAAAUUCAUGUUCGGAAUUACCAUUGAAGAUGACCGCGUAUCCCUCUGGUUUUUCUCUCGGUCACAUUCCGUGAAAGCGAAAUCGUUUAGUAUGGUUGAACGACCUGAUCUUCUAGUAGAGGUUCUUGUCUCGCUCUUGUGCGCAACAGACGAACAGCUUGGAUUGGACCCUCUUGUUCAUUUGACCGAGGACCGACGAUACGUCUACGAAUUUCCUCCGACCAGUACGCGGCCCAGUCCCAUUUACUAUCGCAUUACGGAAACAGUCUCUGAAUUCCGAUGGCUGAGACUCAUCUGCCGUGCCACACGCAUCUGGAAGGUGAUCCAGGUGGAGACGCCGGCCCAUACCGAGGGCAUUGAAGGGGCAAAGGAAAGAAUCCUCAAGGACGUUUGCUCUGUGGCUGAAUUCCUCACGGAAUCCGAGAUUCAGCACCAACUGUUUGGAGACAUCGAAGCGUUUGCAAAGGACAAGGAGUGGCGUCAGAGGGAAAUACUUCAGGAGUUCGUCGAGGAAGAUAUGGCCACCCUUGGUCAGGCAUUGGAAGGCGAUUUUAGGAGGUUCUUCUCCUGUAUCAUCGAUGAACACAUCGGAGAGGUUACCCCGCCACUUUGUGCUGGCGCAUGGGUUGCCACAACCCCAGUGUUUAUCGAGCCCCAGACCAAAUCCCAAGAGCACAGCAAGAAUCGGGCGGCCCCAGGUCAUCGGGCAGACCCUAGACCCGAGGUCCUGCAGGACGAGCAUGUUAUUGUUGAGGAAAUAGACCCUUCCCGGGCAUUUGUGCCCAGACGCCAGUGUCGCUACAUUUAUGAGGAGGUUUGUACACCGUUAAACGAUAUCCCAACCCUGGGGGAAGCCGUCGACAUCAUCCAACAAUGCCUUAUCGCUCUUCGCCUCAUGUUCUGUGCAGGAUGGGUCCAUCGAGACAUAAGCUACGGAAAUAUUUUGGCGUAUCGCCCCUCGCCGGAGACACAGUGGCACGUCAAGCUAUCCGACCUUGAGUACGCGAAGCGAUUUCCUUCCGAUGCUGUCGCUAGCACCAUCCCCAAGACGGUUUGUCUCACAUUCAAUCUACUGGUGACCAACCCCGGGCCGUCUUCUGACAACCUUGCACAGGGCACACCGUACUUCAUGGCAUGCGAAAUCUUGACUGGGAAGUUGAUCACCAGCGCCGCCGCAAGGGAGCCAACUUUAAAGCGGGGCGGUAUCAGACGCAACAAAGUUGUGAAUAUCAGCAUUGUCUUCCACACCUACCAGCACGAUCUGGAAUCCAUCUGGUGGAUUUUAUUUUGGAAGAUAACGAUGCGAAUCAAGCAAGUUCUUCCAAGGGCUGUCCCAGAGCAGUACUUCAAGAACGUUAUCAGUCGCGCCCAUGCAUCAUACCGUAACGACCUUUUCGUUUCUCGCCAGGAACUUGCAGAGGACAAUGACCUUUGCAAAUCGCUUCCACCGACAUUAAAGGACUCUGACUUUCUCUAUUCCCUGGACGCCCUUAGAAACGAGUUCGAAGUGGAGUAUUCCAAUCGCAACAUAGCCGGCAAACAGCGCGAGGUCGGCACAUAUUCCGUCAUUAUCAGCAAGGCGUUUUGGAAGUUCUUUGAAGGCAUCAAGGAUACCAGGGGUGAAUGGGGGAGCCUCCCAUUGAUAGUUGACGCGGACCUACGUCGAGCUAAAAUGCUUCUACAGAAGGCACCCACAGCGACGAAACGUCAAUUCAGCGAGCUUCACCCAGGUCUUAAGGGUAAUAUGCCUGCUAAAUCCAGCGCAGAACCUGUAAAAGGCGUGAUGACAGCGACACACGGUUCGGGUUCAAAGCGGAAGUGUCUCUGA